UACAACCAUGCAAAGAAGACUAUUCUACAAGUAGCUCCUCUCCCUUUACUUUUCUGUUCCGUGAGAUCCUCUCCCUUAACUUAUUGUUUCCAUUGUCGUACUUAAACUCCGACAAGAACCCGACUCAAAAUACGUAAGAGAUCACAACACAGACAGAGAAUUUGUUUAAAGAUGUCGGGAAGAGUGAGAGAUGACAUGGAGUAUGAGGAUCAAGAAGAUGAUGAAGAAGAUAGAUCCUCCUACUACGGCGGAGCCUCUAUACCAUUCAUGUGGGAGUCAAGGCCAGGCACACCAAAACACAACCACUUUCCCGAUUGCUCUUUUGCUCAGCCUCUCACGCCGCCUCCGUCGUAUUACUCAUCCGAGGUUAUGUCGACGCCAAAGAGACAGACGUCACAGACCAAGGAGGGGCAGUAACAGUAGCAAGAAGACGACCAACCAUGUCUCUUCAGGGCCAUCGAAUUCGUGGUCGUCUACGUCUACGUCUUCUUCAUCUUCCCUUUCCUCCUCGCCGCCACAUUCUUCGAGAAAACCAGUGAGUCAUGGUAACAAAUCACAGGUUAUGUACGCUAGUUACAAAGAUCACGAGCUUGCGUCGUCGCCGACCUCGACUCUGUGUUACUCCAAUGGUGGAAGAAAAGGGUUUAGUUCAUCAAUGGGGAGUAUGAAGAGAGCUCUGUUCUCUGGUUCUAGACAUGGAUCCGGCGAGGUGAACAAAGCUUGAUUAUGUGAGUCUGUUGUGUUCUUGAUCACGUUCUAUGUGCUGCUUUGCCUCUUUGAACAGAGAAAGUGUUAUAAUGCUUUGAUGUAUGAAUAUAAUAUGAUGUGUAUAUAUAUCUAUAAAGCUUGUGUUGUAAAGUGUAAACUGGCAUUUUUCAUUGCAUAUCUGUCUAGAACCAAUAAAGUUCUCCCAAGACAAAGAUUAUAAACUGA